UCCCCUCUACCCAAUGUCUCCUGACCCACACACAUCAUGGGCUGCUAACAAACAUAAGGACAACUUAGGGCUUCAUUUGCUCUUCGCGCUAGCCUUGCAAUUUUCCCCUAGGCCACGCUCGGAGUUGUAUACAAUAAUUUUCGGCUGUUAGGAGGCGUACGGUUUCUCAACAGCCCACUUUAAGCAACAGGUGCCAUAUUUUUGGCUUCUUUGUGGGGAGCCCUGACACAAGCGCCUGUUUAUCGGAACUAACGGGAAAAGCACAGCGACACAGCGUGGUGCUUUCCAUCGGAAAACUAUUCCGGACCGGGGAAUUGACUCUUGAACUUGUGCUUUACGCCUAUUAGUGUAUGAGACAUGGAAGUGCGGUCUUCCACCACCACAACUACCAUACUCGAGAGCAAGAACGAUGUGAGCUCUCAGGCCGCACGUGCGUCUAAGCGUACUAUGACUGAUGACUUCUACAGCACGUUCAGCUCUCCCUUGGCCUGGAUACUGGUGCUGGCACUCAUCAUCACCUGGUCGGCCGUGGCCAUCAUCAUGUUUGACCUGCUGGACUCCAACAGUCUUGAAGCCCAUACAUUAUACUGUGACGACCCCUGUUUGCCACCUGGACCACAACCACAUCGUUUCAGGAAAUCAUAUAAGGAGUCAGGCGGCCUUGGAGGCACUGAUCCCAUGAAAAUGAUGAGCAGGGCCAUGGAGGAUACAUCUGACUGGAUAUCAUCAAUCUUCACUUUUACGAGUAAUUUGGUAGCACCGGAAGAGGAGGAAGAAGUUGAGCGUCAUUCGGUGAAGAAGAAAGGAGAAUUUUUGCCACCAAGGAAAAAAGUUUCAGCAAUGCAGACCAGAAGGAUUGUACAGAUAGAAGACGAGGAAGAAGAAGAAGAGGUGAAGGUUCAUAAACAGAAGAAGGCUGAUAAGAAGAAAAAAGAGGUAAGGGUUGAAAAGGAUGAUGAAGAUGAAGAAGAGGAGGAAGAGGAAGAAGAAGAGGUGAAGGUUCAUAAACAGAAGAAGGCUGAUAAGAAGAAAAAAGAGGUAAGGGUUGAAAAGGAUGAUGAAGAUGAAGAAGAGGAGGAAGAAGAAGAAGUGAAGGUUCAUAAACAGAAGAAGACUCAUAAGAACAAAAAAGUGGAAAGAGUUCAAAAGGAUGAGGAAGAUGAAGAAGAGGAGGAGGAGGAGGAAGAAGAGGAGAAGGUUCAUAAAAAGAGGAAGACUUAUAUGAAGACAAAAGUGGUAAGAAUUGAAAAGGACAAGAAAGACGAAAAAGAGGAGGAGGAAGAAGAGGGUGAAAAAGAGGAGGAUGAGGAAGAAGAGAAGGGGGAAAAAGAGGAGGAGGAGGAAGAAGAAGAGGAAAAGGUGAAGGAGGAAGAAUCUGCUGAGGUUGCUCAAAAAGAGGAAGAUAAAGAGGAGGAAGAAGAAGAAGAAGAAGAAGAGGAAGCAGCAGAGGAAGAUGAAAAAGAGGAAUUAAAAAAAGAAGAAAAGGAAGAAGAGGAGGAAGCAAAGGAAACGAAAGAACAAGAUGAGGAAAAGGAAAAAGACGAAGAGGAGGGAACUGCAGCUUCAGCAGAACCUGAUGCUGAUGAGAAGGUUCAAACAACUGCGUCAAAAGAUGAAACUAAAGAUGAUCUCAUCUCUGACAUCACGCCACCUUUGCCAACAGAGGAAGAUGAGGAUGAAACACCUGAUGUGGCAGAUAUUUCUGUCCACAUAGACAUCAAAGAAAGCACAGAUAUCUCCGAGGACACAGAUACUGAUACAGAUGAAGAAGUAGACCAACUUGAUGUUGAAAAACCUGAGGAGCCAGACCUUACAGAUGAUGAUACUAAAGAUGAUGAGGAUAAAGAGUUUGAUGCCGAUGACAAUGGUGAUAUCGGUAUUGUGCUCAGUGCUGGUGCUAUAGUCACUGAGGUUGAAGCAGAAGAAACUGGUGAGGAAUCUAUAGAUCUUAAUGCUGAAGAAGAUAAAGUAGUACUAACAACCGUAGAGGAGAUUGAUGCUAAAGCUGAUGCAGUAGCUGACUCACAAGAUGCUGCUGAUGCAACUGCUGAUCGCCAUGGCGAUAAGAUAGCUGAUGUGAUAGCUGCUGCUGCUGACGUAGAGCUUGAACUUGACAUAGCUGAUUCUGAGGAUCAGGGUGAUAUAAGUACAGAAGGUGAUUUCAAAGAUGAGGCUGAAGUUGAACCAAAAGAUGAUCAGUUUAACACUGAAGGCCAUGUAACUGAUGGAGAGGGUGUCAUUGAGGAUGAGCUAGCUGAUGAUGCUAGGAAAGAGCAGGGGAUAGAUAGUGAAGAUGAUGAUGAUAUCAUAGUAACAGCACCUGUAGUUAGUUCCGAACCAGGUGGAGAUGAGACAACAUUGGGGGAUGAAGAAGAUGAGGAGCCUUCACCUGAGACAGACCUAAAAACACAGAUGGAGGAGGAAGCAGAGGAAAGUGAAGAAGGUGCCAAGGAAGAGGAAAUAGCAGAGAAAGCACAAGAACCAGAACCGGCUCCUACAGACGAGGAAUUGAAGGCAGAAAAGAAAGCUGAGAUACCUGUGAAAACGACAGAGAAAGAAAAGGAAGAAGAACAAAAAGAGCCCUUUGCCUGUCCUUGUAUGCAUUCAGAAAUACGCAAACAGCCACAAAAAGCCCAAGUCACUAAACCAAAGGAAGAAAAAGCUGAACCCGAGAGAGUCAAGAAAAGAGAACCGGAGGUCAAGAGAAGGGAACCCCUGCUGAAACAGAGAAAAGAAAAAGAAUCUCCAGUUAGAAAAAGACAAGAGAAAGCAAAAAAAGCACCAAGAGCAAAGACAGAGGCUGUAAACAUACCCAGAAAGAGAAAGCCCAGAGUCUCAAAUGAUAUUGAAGUAUUGGCUGCCCCAAUGCCCAUGAACGACCUUCCUAUGUGCCGACCUACACCUGUGUAUUGUCCAGCGCCCCCUGGCUGGUAUGUGCAUCAUAUAGUCACAAGUAGUCCACUACCUCCAUCGGCUAUUCCAGAAUCAGAAGUUCCUGUUUUAACAACCCGUCAAGCGCCUACUAUACUGAAAGAACCCGAAGCUGUUAAAGAAAAGCCAAAAGAAACCACAAAGAAGAAAGAACCAGCUGCACCAAAAGAAAAAGCAAAAACAAGUCCUGCAAAGAAGGAAGAUCUGGCAGGUGUAAAAGACAAAGUAAAGCCUGCGCCUGCUAAGAAAGAGCCAACAGCUGGGAAACAGAGAGCUAAAAGGACAGAGAAAGUGAUCAUCAGAGAAAGACCAAAACCUACCUCUGGAAAGAAAGAGCCAACUGUUACAAUGAAGGCAAAAGUGGCAGCAACUAAAAAGAAGGAAGAGAGAGUUGGGAAGGAAGUGAAGCCUGAUGUAGAAGUCAAAAAGAAGGCAGCGUCAACAUCCAAAACCAAGCAAGCCAUUAAAACACCAACUGUGGCAUCACCUGUACCAGCUAAAGAGGAAACCAUUACCCAAGAUAAACCAGCCGAGGAACAGACUUCAGAAAAAGAGCUGAAAGCUGAAGACAAUGUGACCGAGGGUAAAAAGCCAGGCAAGAUACCGUACUUCCAGUGUGUUUUAAUGAGUUCAAAAUCAAGCCAGUAUCCACUGCGGCCCAUGUCCUCCGCUAUGAGUCCAGCCAUUAAUCCCGCCGUGAUGAGAGCCAUGAUGGAGCAGAGAGCCGCAUUACUGCAGCAGAAAGCCCGCGCAGCCGGACAGUAACCGGGCCCGAGCCCCGUUAAGCCUGGCCAGGAGCAAUCUGCAUAUGAACUGAUGUACAAACACAAUGUUGCUGUGCUCUGAGAGCUUUCCAUCUAAAAAAUCAAUGAGCGUUUAGACUUUAAUAGUUGGAGGGCCAUCCAGUCCUCUUUCUUUCUGCGAGUGGAGGUCUCUCCAUUCCUUUACAAGCGGGUUUUGAAUGUUAUCACAGUUUCACGAUUUUGACAGAAUGCAAUUACAUCUAAUAUAUAAUUCAGCUAUGAUGUACAUUUUGAAUUAUAUUAUUUAAUGGACAUUUUUUUAUUUAUUCAAGAUCUUAAAUCGUCUGUUUACAUUUGUUACAGGGAGGAAUCUGCUGCUUCUCUUAUUGCAUACUGUGUAAGACCACUCAGCAGUAGACAGAUUCAGACCCGGUUACAUACGUAAUGAAGUGUUGCUCUUUAAGAUAUUUAUUUUUCUAUGUCAGAGUAUAUAUUCUCUUUAGGAAAAAUCUAGCAGCACAUUGAUUAAGGGCCUUAUCUCUUAUUGGCACAGGUCAUUUCCUUUGACUCAUUGAUAAUAAGAUUAUGUGAUGUCUGGGUUCUGUCGGGGUCCGGGAUCUCUGCCUUUGUAUGCGAGCCAUUAGAAGAUGGCAGGACGUCAUUAGGACUGAAUCUGAUUUCUACCUUAAAUAAUGAAAAAGCUCUUAUGCUUGUGACAUUAGGAAAUUAUAGCAUGUAAGACCUGAAUAAUGAAAACCUAUAAUUUUACUUGACUACUUGAAGUAUCUCUUUCUGGUGUAAAAUACUGGUUUUGCCUUACAUAGUCAGAAUUUUUGGUGGUAUGUGAAUUUGUAAAAUCAAAAGUGAUUUCAAAGCAAUCAUGCUAUUGAUGUACAAAGUGUACAGAAAUUACAGUAUUUUACAGUACUUGUCUCUAAUGCAAUAUAGUCAUCUAACAGUGUAUUGAUUUACAGUACACUUACUGUACAGGGAGAUGUUUAUCAUUUCAUUUUACAAUGACCAACAGUGCUUUUGAAGACUGUUACCUACAGUAUCUUACCGUUUUGUCUAUUCUCAGAGACGAGAGUAACUCUCCUGUUCCUGUAAUAUUUUGCUUUAUGUAAUGCAAAUAUUGCAGGUAUGACUAUUUAAACCGGAAAUACGUUCCUUUACUAAAGAACAAGGUCUUUUCUGUGACCUCCUCGGUAUUAUGUUUGACAUUGAAUGUAUUUUAUUUAAAGAUCGAAGCGAACAGUUGACCGAUUUCAGUGCUGCAGACUGGAUAACAAGUUUGCACCAGAAGCUGUUUCUCUUUAAUCGGGACGCAGUGAGACAGAUAGCUGUCUGACUUUGAACCUGGAAGUAGGCCACAGAAAUAAUCUCUCUUUGAAGUUACAGCAUGCAGCUUGGUGCACAGUACUGUGGAUAUUCUUAUAAUGUUGACGAACAACACAGAUAUUGAUGACACUAAAAAUACACUGUAAAAACCUAAAAGUUAACUCAACUCAAACCAUUUAAGUAAACCGGUUGCAUUAGUUUUAAAACACAUACAUUUGAGUACUGUGAACUUAAACAAAUUGAAUGCAUGUUAUGCACUUAUAUUUAAGUUCACACUACUUAAAUGUAUGUGCAUAAUUGUACAUGACUCAAGUUCACAAUACUUAAAUGUAUGUGCAUAAUUGUACAUGACUCAAGUUCACAAUACUUAAAUGUAUGUGUUUUAAAACUUAAAUGGUCUAAUGCAACCGCUUUACUUAAAUGGUUUGAGUUAAGUUAACUGUUGGGUUUUACAGUGUACAGACGAAUCGAAAAGGCAGUUUUGUCUAACAAUGUCUUUAUCUUAUAAAAACACGGUCUUACUGUACUAAGCGACAGCUUACAGUAAGAAUACAAUGUUUACAAAGUGGGUCGUAAUUGCUAACAAUUUAACUUUAACUUGAGUGCUAAGUCUGCUAUUGUAAAUUCUCAAAAAGUAGAGAGCACCGUAGAUUAAAAAAGUCCUCAUUUGUAUUGCUAAAAACGUACAUUUCAGGGGGUUUACUUAAAUAGUUUUUUUUCUGUUUCUAAAGUUUUUGAAUGUGUUUGGUAUUUGCAUGAACUCUUGGUACUGUAUGUUAGUAUGUGAUAGUUUCUAGUGUACUAAAUGAGCUUGACACUAAAUUCCCAUUCGAUUCACUUGUUUGGAAAGUCAAACUUUGUCUAUUCUUUUAAUGAAUGUUGAAUAAAAGCUGUCAGCGAAACCAAA